AUGUUACACCAAGCCUGGCAGCUCUAUGGGAGGUGGUGCCGUUGGUCCAGUCCUUUUAUCCAUCUCCUCACACUGACUGUGGUGACAUUCGGUGUGCUUGCACCUUUGGUUUGCCAUCGGCUCCUCCACUCUUACUUCUAUUUGCGGCGCUGGCACCUGAACCCCAUGAGCCAGGAAUUCCUGGAGCAGAACCAGCAGGAGGGUCAGGCUGCCCUCCAUUACUUUGAGAAGCUGCAGAUACCAAACGCCUCUGAGGCCUCUGGCAGUGACGCCUUCCAGCCCUUGCUGCUGAUCACCAUUAUCACUGUGCAGAGACGGAAUGAUUUCCACUAUGUUUUGCAAGUGGCCUCCCACUUCCACCGCCUCCUCCAGAAAUGUGGUGCACGUUGCCAGAGCCACCGCAUCCUCCUCUGUAAUGUGGAGUCAGACCCCAGUAGCCAUCAGGAUGUCAAGCUGCUGAGCAGCUUCUUUCCUAUGGUCAGUCGUGAUAAAACUGGGGAGAACCCUGACCCCAGAGUGAACCAGUUUGAGAAGGAGAAGCAGGACUAUGUCUUCUGCCUUGAGCAGUCGCUGUUGGUCUACAACCCAGAAUACAUUCUCAUAGUAGAAGAUGAUGCUGUGCCAGAGGAGGAGAUAUUCGCUGUCUUGCAGCACCUCUUGUUGGCCCGGUUCUCCAAACCAUACCUCAGAGAUGCACUCUACUUCAAGCUUUACCAUCCCGAGAGGCUUCAGCGCUACAUCAACCCCGAACCCAUGAGAAUCCUCGAGUGGCUAGGUGUAGGCAUGUUUCUGGGGCCUGUGCUGAACUGUGUGUACUCCUGGGCAACUGGACGACCCAGCCUCAGUUGGCCCAUUGUCUUGUUCUUUGCUUUGUACAGUAUGGCUCUGUCAGAGCUGGUGGGACGACAUUACAUGCUGGAGCUGCGCCGGCUGGCCCCAACUCUGUAUAAUAUCGUGCCGGUCACCGAGUGCUGCACGCCUGCCAUGCUUUUCUCUGCUCCUUCUGCCCAACGUGCCUUAGGUUACCUGAAGGGGCUGCACUGCCGCCAGGGUUUUGCUAAGGAUAUUGCCCUCUACUCGCUGCUGCGCACUAAAGGGGAGAACGCCUACGUGGUGGAACCAAACCUGGUUCGGCACGUGGGAAUGUAUUCCAGCCUUCGGCUAAACGACAACCCGAAACUGCUGUGA